GGCGAUACUUUCCCCGUCUUGAGCUCGUCAGAGGGCGUUUUUGUGUUUCUGUCAAUUGAUGUUAAAAUGGAUAAAAGCUGUCGUUUGUGAAUAAUUUAGAAAAAACUGAAAGUCGAGAUUCAAGAAAAAUAUAUAAAAAUGGAUGUGGCAAAUGACAAGCUGAGUAUAAAAAAUCUCCUGUUCACAAAAGCAAUUCCAAACCAUGUGAUAUCAGAUCCUGUGGAUGGUCAUAAAAUAUUUUCAUGUACGGACUGUGGUGACAAGUUCAUCUUUGAAUCCAGUUUUCAUGAUCACGUCAAUCGCCAAUCUAUGAAGAUUACUUACAUGUGCCGGCACUGUAAUCAAACGAGAACGUUUUUCAAUAGAUGUAAUUUACUGUUUCAUAUAAGAUCUCACGUUUUCAAAACUGCGACAAUCAAUGUUACUGACUUAAAAAUAGAACCCUUACCAUUGAGUAAUUUCAUGAUUCUUCCUACGCCACCCCGAACCACCCCGACCAAGAUUGUAGACGUUGCAACACCUCAGGGAAACUCGUCACAAAAUGCUACAGUUUGCUUGGAGUGCAAAGUAGUUUUAGAUAACACAGGAAUCGCGUAUAAAGAUCGAGCCGAUCAUUACAUGCAAUAUUCAAACGAAGUCUAUUCAUGUCCUAUUUGCUUAUUCGCACUGCCAACUACAUGCGCAGUGAGAACACAUUUGCGUUUGCACUUAAAAUGUCCUCCAUAUUACUGUCCAGAGUGCGGUUCUCAUUUGCUGGCUCACAAACAUAUACAUUAUCCGUACAACCAUGAUUGUGAAGGUUUUAAGAUGAUGCGGGCAACAGCCAGAUUAGCUUGUUCCAUUCGUGAAUGCCGUGUUUUCCAUCCUAAUGAUUACAAAUCGCACGUGAAAGAGUAUCACAUGAAGAAAGUUUACAAAUGUCCGUACUGCGUUGUGGCUUGUUUCAAUGAAGGCAGUAUGCAAAGCCAUUUAAAAACCCACCAAACAGACACAAAAGCACUCGUCUUUUACAAAUGCGAAAUGUGUCCAGGAAAAUUUGUGUUGCAAAGUCGCAUGGAGAGCCACUUGAAAAGUCACAAGCUCACUUGCGUUUACCCGUGUUGGCCUUGCGGCGUCGUUUUUAAAGAUUUAUCCAUUUUACUUAAACACUUCAUGGAAAAUCACAAUAAAAAUGAAACCAUGGCAAAUAUUUUAAACAGUAUUUUGAAUGAAAAUGAUCUGUCUGAAAAGAAUUCAAAGAAGUUGAAAAGAAUAUAUAGAGUUGUUAAAAGAUGUGACCAGUGUCGGAGAAGUUUCACCUACCGUUGUCAAUAUGAUGAAAUACACAAUCUACCUAACGAAUGUCCAUACAAAUGUUCUUCCACAUUUGAGUGCUCCGGGGAAUUUGAUGUUAUGAAUGAAAAAAACAAUACAUGCAUCACGUGCUGGAUUUGUAAAGCAACCGUAUCUCAAGACUGGAAUGCAAUCAAAAAACAUUACGCUUCUCUUCAUAAAUCGCAUAAGUGUCUGGAUGCUAAAAUAGUCCUCAAGAGACUUGAUGUUUCAAAAUACAUAUCUCAACAGAACAUUUUAGGCACCAAAAAUGAUAGCAUAAAAACUACUGAUAGGAAAAUAUCCAGAAGAAUCCAGAGGCGUCGAUAUAAUAGAAACUCGGUGGCCGAUCAUGUCCCGCUCGACACACAAACAAGUGAGCGUCAAGCUUCUGGCAAACAAUACGUUUGUAACAUAUGCGGAGACGGUUUUAAACAAAAGCCAUUAUUAGAAAAACAUAUGGUAUCUCAUCGGGAUCCAUGCAUGGCUUAUCAGUGCAUGGAAUGUGGGCAAAGUUUUGUUGUUAAACCCACUUUUUCGAAACACAUGUUGUUAGAGCAUGAUAUAUCAGAUGUAGAAAAGUAUAUUAAAGAAAAAAAUUGUUAUAAUGUCAAUGCUCUCAUAAAGUACCAAAGCAGCGAAGUUAUUUCCAAUGAGCCACUUCGUGAAAAUCAGUGCACAAUUUGUCGAGAAGACUUCGAAGGUCCAGAAGAAUUAGCGAAACAUUUCAGAGUUCACGGUAUGGCGUUCUUAAUGAAAAACAAUUCGAAUAAGAGUGAAUGAAAUGCAGCAUCAUCAUCCUCCGAGCCUUUUUCCCAACUAUGUUGGGGUCGGCUUCCAGUCUAACCGGAUGUAGCUGAGUACCAGUGCUUUACAAGGAGCGACUGCCCUAUCUGACCUCCCCAACCCAGUUACCCGGGCAACCCAAUACCUCUUGGUUGGGCUGCGUGUCCACCAGAGCGGAUCUAGGCUGCGGAGUGGAGAAACUGAGAAAUAUUAACCAAUAGGAUUGAAGAGCGUAGAUUUUGUGCAAUCUAUUGGUUAAUAUUACUCAGUUUCUCCACUCCGCAGCCUAGCUCCGCUCCGGUGGACAGGCAGCCUUACACUGGUGUUAGACUUACUGGCUUACUAAAACCAUCAUCACACGGAAGGACGGUGAGCCACCCAGAACCCACCGCCUGCAGAUCCGCGCAUAAAAUGGCCCGGAUUCGUCUCGCGACACCCGGUGCCCAUGAUGCUUCCCACGUUUACAGCGGCGGCUGGGUUGAGAGGUGCGGUCUCUCAAUUGAGACGUCGGCAUCCCUCUCGCUCCAACCAUAGCUUGAACAGAAGAUAAGGCGGUGAUCCUCCUAGGCAGGUCUUAUUUAGUUAAGAAAUUUUCACAAAGCUAUCUUUCAUGGAGAAAGCCGGGUUGAUCUUACUUUUAAAUCCAGAGAUGUUGGCAUUUUUUCUUUCUUUCGGUUGAUAUUAAGAUAUCAAUGUAAUAAUAAUAACAAAGACAGGCGAUAAGCAGAAAUAUAUUUAGGUAUGUAAUUAUUAUCUUUACGACUGAGUAGUAACAAGUGUCUAUUUUAAUAAUGAAUGUGUAAUUGAAAAAAUAAAAAUUACUAUUAAUGA